UUUGUCCUUGGAGUUUUGGAGUAAUCCCAACUGAAGUUGCACCCUCGAGGGCAUUUUGAUCUUUGAUAUCUUCUUGCACAUCUCCAGCUUCCUCACAAACCAAAAUGGUCGUCAAAGAGUACGUGACCUAUAACCAGGUCCACAAGCUCUGCCAGGAGGCAGCCCCACGAAUUUUGGAGGAAUUUCGACCUCAGCUUAUGAUCGCCAUUGGAGGUGGUGGAUAUGUUCCUGCGCGCAUUCUGCGAUCAUUUCUCAAGCAGCCUGGAUCUCCAAAUAUCCCCAUCCAAGCUAUUGGCCUUUCCCUCUACGAAGCUCUUCCCUCGAACCACCCUUCAGGCGCAAACACUCCUGGAGAUAUCGAACAACUCGGUACGAAGGUUACUCGAACGCAAUGGUUGGACUUAACGAGUCUUGGUGAGAUGGAGAACUUGGUUGGCAAGCGCAUCCUGAUCGUGGACGAGGUCGAUGAUACUAGGACAACCUUGGAAUAUGCCGUUAAAGAACUAGAGAAAGAUGUCGAGAUUGCCAGACAGAAGCUUGGUGGUAAAGGUGAAAAGACUGUCUUCUCGGUUUUCGUGUUACAUAACAAAGACAAGAGUAAGAAGGGAAGCUUGCCAGACGAUAUGCUCAAGGACAAUAGAUAUUUGGCAGCUCGGACAGUUGGAGACGUUUGGAUUUGUUAUCCCUGGGAGGCCACAGACAUUGAUGAGCAUGAUGCGAUGGCCGAGAAGCAGCCUUCGAAAUAAAGUUUCCCUGUAGGAUAAGACUCAGAGCUCGACUUUUGCAUGAACUCUAUUUCCGCUGCUCUCUUAUUAAAUCUUGAGGCACGAGUCGCUAAUACCAACAACGAAGAUUUUACCAUGCAGUAUACCACUUUGAUCUUUUGUCUAGUUCUAUAAAUCUCCCAGCACUUG